AUGGGUGGUGGGGCCAUGGAGACUGUACUAGCUGGAGGAGUGGGAGGUGGAGGUGUGGAUAGGAGAGGUGAUAGUGAGGAGGUUGUUGUUGGAGAGACUCCAUGGAUCAUGGACAUUCUUCCUCCAUUUGCAUCCAACAAAAAAAAAAAAAAAAACAGAGAGAGAGAGAGAAAAGAUACUACUAAGCAAGUAAUUAACCUUUAUAUUGCAGGAGUUUUGCUUGGGUUUUUAGCUUCCAAAACAACUGUUUAUGUCACACAUCAGGUGGAAUUUCCACCUUCUGCUGAUCUUAUCCUCGUUAUGAAAUAUGGAGAAAUUACACAAGGGGCCAAAUACAGUGAUAUACUAAACUCAGGAACUGAGUUUAUGGAAUUGGUUGGCUCUUUAGAAUGCUUCGGCAGCGCCAUGGAAGGUGGUUCUUUGACAAAGAAAGCAGCACACAGGCUCCUCAUAGAGUACAGCAGAAAAGAUUGGACAGAAUGGUAACCAGACGUAGGUAGUCAAAAGGUACAACUAGUUCAGGAAGAAGAGAGUGAGAAAGGCAAAGUUGGGUUUUGGGUCUACUGGAGAUACAUUACUAUAGCAUACAAAGGAGCUCUUGUGCCACUAAUAUUGCUGGCCCAAAUUCUUUUUCAAAUCCUCCAGAUUGGUAGCAAUUACUGGAUGGUUUCAGCGGCUCCUGCAUCACAAGAUGAACAACCUUAUGAGAAUACUGCAAUGCUGAUCUAUGUCUACAUUGCACUAGUUCUUGGGAGCUCUUUGUGUAUGAUGCAGCACAAAGUGCAACCAACUAGUAUUAUAACCAAUCAGAUCAUGCCAAGCAUCGUAGAAACCAGCGGGCUUACGGGCGCAAACUGCAGUAAGCAAAAAUAA